GCUGCGUGUAGGCAGAGUCGUCUCGCGCUACACUGUCUCCCACCCACUGUAAAAGAAAAGCAUUAUUGGCACUUUAGGAUGAGGAAAAGCGAGGUGCUUGCUGCCGAAUCUGUGGCAUGCCUGAAUAAAGCACUCUGCCACUUGAAAGACAUCUGGGAGGAGAUUGGGAUCCCGGAGGAACAGAGACUAGAGAGAACAAAUGUCGUCAAAAACCAUAUCAAAGGUCUUCUAGACAUGAUGAUAGCCGAGGAAGAGAGUCUGAGGAGGCGUUUGAUUACUAGUAUUGAGACGUGUCGCAAAGAAUUAAGCAAGGUGUGCUCGGAGCUGCAGUUACCUCCAUUUCAGGAGGAGAAGGGGAACACCAUGCUUCAGCAGGAGAAAGAUAUUCGAACCUGUCUUGAGGUGAUGCUAAAAGAGAAGAGCCAGAGGAUGGAGAUGCUUAAAACCCUAAUAGAUCAGGACCAGGACCUCUGUGACAUCCUCUGCUCUAAACCGUUCUCCAUUCCUGCAAACUCAGUUCCAUCCCUUGAGCAGCUGGAAAGCUUCCGAGAACACCUUGCCAGACUCACAGCAGAAAAGGACCAAAGACAUGGCAAGUUUGUUGAACUAAAGAAUAAGAUAAUAUUAUGCAUGGAAGACUUGGAUCAGCUGCCUGAGACUAGUUUUGAAAAGGAUAUUGUGUGUGAGGACGAAGAAGCCUUUUGUCUUUCCAAUGAAAAUAUUGAUUCACUUAAAGUUCUCCUUCAUCAGCUGGAGAGUAAGAAGGCUGAGAAUGAACGCAUCUGUACAUCAUAUCGCGAGAAGAUCCAGGAACAUUGGGCCAGGCUGCAGAUCUCACAGGAAGAUCGAGAUGCUAUUUCUGAGCAUAUGACCUUGUCUAAGAAAAGGAAUAUGGAAGCUUUGCAAGCUGAAGUCAAACGUCUUGAGGAGCUAAAGCUAAGAAAUAUUCAGGAUGUUACUAAGGCUAUUCGUGAAGAUAUUGCUGUGGUCUGGGAGAAGUGCUUCUAUAGCACUCAGCAGCGACAGGCUUUUAUGCCGUACUAUGAUGAUCACUUUAGUGAAGAACUGUUGAGCUUACAUGAAGCUGAGAUCCUGCACUUAAAACAGCACUAUGAAGAUCAUAAAGAACUGUUUGAAGGUGUACAUAAAUGGCAAGACAAUUGGAGGCUUUUCUUGGAGCUUGAAAAAAAAUCUACAGAUCCUUCCAGAUUCACCAACAGAGGAGGAAACCUUCUUAAGGAAGAGAAACAAAGGUCUGACAUGCUCAAAAGCCUUCCUAAGCUUGAGAAGAAGCUGAAGAGCCAGAUUGAGCUGUGGGAGCAGGAGCAGGGCAGAGAGUUUCUGGUCCAAGGUCAGAAGUUCAUGCAUUUUGUGGCUGAGCAAUGGGAGCUGCAUCGACUUGAGAAGCAGAAAGAGAAACAGGAAAGACAACUGAAAAAGAGCAAACAGACAGAGGAGGAUAUGCUCUAUGGAACUGCAGUUCGAACACCAACUAAACGAAGAUUUUUGGGCAGCAUGACUCCUUGCAAGGCACGGAAGCUCAAUGCUACCUCCAGCACCUCCACUGUCACUUCUAACAGCACUAUGCGCUCUGUAUUUGGUGGAACUGUCUGUCACUCACCUGUGUCCCGCCCUCCAAUAUCAGCAAGCAAGCAGGGUAACGCACCAAGGACUCCCGGUAAUGGUAAACCUCCCUAUCGUGGACUGGCGGAGCGUAACAAGGAGAACAUUUGUCUUCUUAACUGUGCCUUAAGUGGUCCGAAGACCCCAGCUAGCCCCCGCCGUAACUUCAGUAUUAAUUCUGUCGCCAGCACCUAUUCAGAGUUUGCGGAGGUAGUCAACGCUGCAAGUGUUCAGUCAAGCGAGAUCUCUCCAAGGCCUCUAAGUCAAAGUGUACACCAGAAGUCUUGAACUCGACCAUCACACAGCUCUGAUUGCACAAUGUUUCAUUGUUUUGGACAAGAGAGGAAAACACUGCAUGAGAAUUUCCAUAGUCACAUUUUUAAUAUCUCUGUUUUGCAUUUUAUGUGUAAAUGAAGGUAAUAUAUAUAUUUAAUGUUUCUUAAUCUAUUGAAUUAUUUCUGUUACCAUGAUUAACACUAGUUUUAAAGAAAUGUCUUCAAGUAUGUAGCUGUCGAGUAAUCAGUUGCCUCUUAUAACAUGUUUAAAGUAUAAGUUUGGUGAUUGGGUAAAUGAUUUAAGCUAGGCUGUUACCAGUUGUGUAUGUGCUACAUUAGUCUGCAUAAAAUGAAUGUUUUGCACAUUAAAUGAUAUGGUUAUAAGUUUUUUUCUUUGCACAUUCUGCUGUUAACUACUUAAAAUGUAUUAAAAACUGUGUUAGUCAUUUCACAACAUGCAUGUUAAUAAACAGGCUAUUUGUA